GCAGCGCCAUGUGCAUUCCAGCGAUCUGAAGUGUAGACAUGCUAUACGUCUACGUUCUGACGGUAUUUUCAACUUCAUCGAACCGGUUUCUUAAAAGUGUUUUUGUGAAGCAUUAAAAUAUAUCAUGAGAUUGUAAUCUUAUCCUCUAACAAUCAAGUACGCAUUGAACAAAAGCAGCACUGGGCCAAUUGUGGAUGCAAGCCAUUGUAGCAAAUUUAGGUCGUUUGAAUGUGUCGAAAACUGCUUUAGCAAUUAAAAAAAAGACAAUUUUAUUUCUCACUGUAAUUAAUGUGAAUUGAAACUACUGAAACUCUGGCAUGUCAGACGCGUUGAGAGAUUUUCUUGCCGCGAUCGGCUUGGAGCACCAUUUUAAUAUGUUUCUGACUAGAGGAUUUGACGAAGAAUCGGAUAUCGCACACCUUACCGUGGAUGACUUGCGUACCAUAGGAAUCGAGAAUUCUUCCGACAUUCAUUGCAUCCUUAAAGCAGCACAAGCUUACAAGACAAGCAAAACACAUCAGCUUUUCCACUGGUUGAGAAAAAAUGGUCUCCUGCAUUACUAUGAGGGUUUUGUACAGAGCAGACUUACAGACCUGAACAAAGUGGCCAGCCUCAGUCUUCCAGAGGAUAAGAUUUAUGAUGAACUUGAAAUUACACUUCCAGGUCAUCAACGACGCUUUGAACGAGCAGUCAAAGUAUUGCGCAGACGUCUUAAGCAAAAAAAGGAGUCUAACAGAGUCGUGGUGACUGAAGGAUGGUGGGGCUUUCCUGCAUAUCUACCAAAGGCAAAGUACCCCUUUUUGUGCGUCCAAGCUACUAUAAGGUCCACAAGCCCUCUUAUAUCACUGUCCAGGAAUAUGGAGUUCAUGGUGGAUAGUGGGAGUGAUGUAUCCACCCUUCGUGAUGACAUCAUACAGGAGUUAAAACUAGAAGUAAUAAGGCAGGUGACAAGCUGUGGGGUCUUCGGGUCACAACGCACAAAUAUGUAUCGGGCUAACUUAACCAUUGGUGAUCAGACUUUGGAAAUAGAGGUUAUUAGCAGUUCUUACGAUUCAGUAGGAAGUUGCAUUCUGCGCUAUUUUGGGCAUGAGAUUGAUGCCUUCAGGCAUAUCUGGUACCGAGGGCAAGAUGGCAGUCUGCAGCCUACAUCACAUUCUUCCUCUACAAAAGGAACAGAACCAGAAACUAUUUCUGUUCUGUCAGAGCCAGAAGCCAAGAAAGUGGCUUCACCAUAUGACACGAGGAACAAGAAAAAGGCUUCACCAUAUGACAUGAGUAACAAGAAAAAGGCUUCAACAUCGAGGAACAAUUCAGUCAAUGAAAACUCUGAGGAAAUGCUGGGUGAGAAUAGAAUAGGAGAUGAUCCACAUGAACUCCGUGACAUGGGAUACAGGGCUGUACCAGCCAUUGAUUGUGGCAGCUAUUCCCAGCAGAGGACAAAUGGCAUGCUGGCUGUACCUUCUUGUGUAGCAUUAGGAACAGAGAUAAAUGGUGUCGAGGAAUGGAUGAAGCAUGAAAAUGAUAUCAGUGAAAACCACAGUCACAUUAACAGCAAGUAAAAAACAAUGCUUGUAAACAUCUAGAGUGAAAACUUGCUGCUUUGGCAAUAAUGGUGGACAGAUGCUCAAGAUUUGGUUUGUGUGUGUGUGUGUAAAAUAUUUAAAAGGCUUCAGUUAAACAUGCAGACGCAACAAUUUGAACAGGUGAUGCAUGCUGCUUAUCAUUAUAAAAUUAUAUAACUGUAAAUAGGUGUGCUAAAAUUACCUUUGAUUUGUGAUAUUUUACAUCCAGCUGUCUUCAGAUAGGCUUUUUUACUUACUAAUGGAUUUUUAUAAAAAGUUUUAAAGAUUCAUGUAAUUGUGAUACACUGUUUUACAUAUUUUCAUGUUAUAAAAUAUGUUUAUUACCAUUUAAUCAAGAACAGUAGAGAGCGAGGCAAAGAACAUCGGAACCACAUUAAGCUGAGGGGGGCUGCCCAAAACGGGGUCUGCUGGUGAGGUGUUGUUGCGGCCUUAUGCUCCUAGAGGAGUAACAAGGGAUAAACUAAAACUAAACUAAGUACCUUUUAAUCGGCUAAAUUAGCUAUAUUUUAUUGACAACACUCUCACGUAAUAGAUAUGUGAUGUACUCUUGAACAGAAGUCUUUGUGUAGGGGAAAGAUAAGGGGAGAGCAGUGCCUCUGUAUGUGUGCUAGGGUUUAAAAAGACAUUGAAUGCAAGAUGGCAGCCAUGCAACAGCAUACAUUCAAGUUACAUCUUCAGCAAACGUUGAAUUUCCUAUUAGUUUACUGUCACAUUGCCUGUAUUAUGUAAGCAAAAGUCCUUCAAUUGUUUGCAAUUACACGUUAUUUAUUCAUACAAAUGGCAACUACAAGACUAGGGUCUACUGCUGUUUAUGAAAAAUGUAAACUCUCUUCCAUCUGUGGAUUUAAUCACUUAAUUGUAAUGAAAAACCAGAAAGUCAAUGUCGACUGUCCUAUAUCAUUUUGAGGAAAACUUUAUUGAGUGAUUACAGCGUAUGUAUCCACACACCUUGAGGGGUGCAAACACACAUACUUGCUGGUUCAAUACCUGUAUGAUGCAGCCUACUUCCCUCAGUUGACCCAGCUGUUAAAAGUGGUAUUGUGUUGCUUUCUGCUGCUAAUGUUUCCAUGAUUGUGUGUGUCUGUGUGUUUUGUGAAUGAUAGAGUGAUGCCUGCUUAAGGUGUGUGCUCAUAAACCUUCAUGGAUGUGUGGCUGUUAAUGUGAAGCGGUUUGAGCUCACCUUCAUGUAAUAUGAAAAUAAACAGAUUUAUGUAUUAAUUUGGUGAGUAUCAAACAAGGAGCAUAAAUUUCUAUAGGUUUCCUGCAUCCCUCACUUCCACACAUACACUGCUUUAUUUAUAAGAUUUGUAAACGUUAUUCUGGUUUAAGAAAUACUCUCAAAUAAGGUUAAAACACUGGCUCUGAUUUCCGUCAUUGACCAUUGCCUUUUAAUGUCAUCACCGAUAUGCAAUAAAUAGUCUAUGUGGAAAGUCUUAAGCAUGUUGAAAACAGUUCAGUGUUUAUUCUGUUUGUUCAAUGAUGCAGCUGCUAACAAUGUCUCAUAUCUUGUGCGUAUAAACAGAAAUCAGCGUCAGGAUUAUUCAGUUAAAAUCUGUAAUUUUCUAAUAAUUUAUUGCUUAAAAGGAAGGAACAAAAAAAGUUUAUUUUUCACAUUUUUAAUAUAUUUACACAUAAUUUAUAUUUCCUGUUAUAUUUGUGUGUGUGUGUAUAUUAAUCAUGUCUGAGAAAGUGUAUUGAGAUGAAAGGGUUUUUAUUGUUAGCAAAUAUUUUUUAUUCACUUAAUAUUGUAAUUUUUUUUUCUUUGUGCUUUUCAACUACCUUUUAACCAACUUUAAAUAUGCAAAAGAAAAUGUUGUAUACACUGCCGACAUGUGUACAUGUAGUGGACAUGUGUACAUGUAGUGUAGCAUGUACACAAAAAUUAAUAUCUAAGAAAAGAUUUUUAGAAAUCUUUGUAUUAUGUGUUAAUUUUUUGUAUUAUGACACUAUAUUAAACAUCUGUUCUA